UCUGGUGCCAAACAGCACCAAAUCGCUGGAGAAAAGUGGCUACAUGGAAAGGUCUGCAUGGCAGUUAGUAGAAAACGCAGUUUUAAAUACAAGGUGUAUCACAGCAGGCUGUCACCUCUGCCCAAAAUAAUUUGCAGCAUGUGAAACACCCCCCGGGUUUCACUGUUGGGCAAAGCAAAGAGCCCCAAAAUCCAACCAACAUUCAUUUGGGAACAAAGGCUCCCAGUGUCCCCUGGAAGCUCCAGAGUUCACACCUGCACUGCCAGUUCAGUGGCAGAGCGGGAGAUUCAGAAGAAGGAGAGCUAUGAAAGGCUCAGCCAAAGGACCAAACGCUGAAUGGAUUCAAGAAAAGCAUCAAACCAACCACCAAUGCUUGGCUGCUGGGAUUACCUGCUCUGGUGACACUUCUGCUCAAUGGGAGGAUGCUCUUGUCCCUCUCAUUUCCUGAAAUCCCAGAAGUUCUUGGCAAGCUCCCGGCAUGUUCACAAAACUGCUGCCCACGUGGUGGCCAGGAGCGCUCCAGAGGACACCGUGACCAGCAGCUUCGCCUCCUUCAUCCACGGGGCCCGACACGACCACCUGUCCAAGACCGUCCGGCACCGGAGCAAGAGGAUGAUCCUCGACAGCAUCGGGGUUGGGCUCGUGGGCAGCACCACGCACGUGUUCGACAUCGCCCUGCGCUACUGCCGGCUGUACUCUCCAGUUGCCGUCAGCUCUGUCUAUGGCAAGCCAGGUGUGAAGCUGUCCCCGACACUGGCCGCCUUCACCAACGGAGUGGCGACACACUCCAUGGAUUUUGAUGACACCUGGCACCCUGCCACCCACCCCUCGGGGGCUGUUCUGCCAGCCCUCCUGGCUGCUUCCCAGAUGCUGCCUCCCGGCACCAAACCCACCGGCAUGGAUUUCCUGCUGGCAUUUAAUGUGGGCCUGGAAGUGCAAGGAAGGCUCAUGCAUUUCUCCACCGAGGCUCACGACAUUCCAAAAAGGUUCCACCCUCCCUCGGUGGUGGGGACCAUGGGCAGUGCCGCGGCCACGGCCAAGCUGCUGUCCCUCAGCAGGGCCCAGUGCUGCCACGCCCUGGGCAUCGCCGCGUCCCUGGCGGGGGCCCCCAUGGCCAACGCUGCCACCCAGGCCAAGCCACUGCACAUCGGCAAUGCCACCCGCCUGGGCUUCGAGGCGGCCCUGCUGGCAGCCCGGGGCAUGGAGGCCAACCCCUUCAUCCUGGACGAUAUCCCCGGCUGCUCCGGCUUCAGCGCCUUCUACGGGGUCUAUCAGCCCAAGCCGCUGCCCCCGCCCGGUGACCACCGGGAGUUCCUCCUGGAGAAGCAGGAUAUCGCCUUCAAGCGGUUCCCAGCCCACCUGGGGAUGCACUGGGUGGUGGAUGCCGCCCUGUCUGUGAGGAACCUCUUCGUCCACUACGCGGGGUCCUUCUCUCCCACCCUGAUCCGCACCAUCGUGCUGAAGAUCCCGGUGUCCAAGUACAUCAACCGGCCCUUCCCCAGCUCCGAGCACCAGGCCAGGCACUCCUUCCAGUUCAACGCCUGCGCUGCCCUGCUGGAUGGUGACGUGGGGCUCGGCUCCUUCACCGAGAGCAGCAUCCACCGCCAGGAGCUGAGGGAGCUGCUGGACAAAGUGGUGGUGGAGCACCCCGAGGAUAACGUGGCCAACUUCGACAAGAUGUACGGGGAGGUGGCCCUGCUCCUGCACAGCGGGGACGUCCUCACGGGCAAGUGUGACACUUUCUACGGGCACUGGAGGAAGCCUCUGAGCAAGGAGUCUCUCCUGAAGAAGUUUCGCUCCAACGCCUCCCACGUGCUCCCAGAAGAGAAGGUAGAAACCAUCAUCACUACGGUGGACAACCUGGAGAACCUGCCUGACAGCUCCCAGCUGGCCUGCAGCCUGUGAGGGAACAGCACGGGGGGUUUUCAGGAGGGGUUUGUCCCGGUGAAACUCUGAUUCCUUCCUUCAUUGGUGCUUUACUUUGAUUUCCAGUGCCAGGAAUGUUCCCACCCCUUCAAGCAGACACUUCACUGCCAAAGCAGCCCCCGGGGCAGGAGGUGUGACUGUGUCAGCCCUCAGUACAGGGAGCACAUUUCAGCUUGUGGUUGAUGCUGUCUGAGCAGCUGAAAGGCCACCACAAAUAUAAAAAAAUCCCAUGGAAA